CCAUCGAUAGUAGAGGCUAGCAGCAAAAUAUCGAUACCAUCGAUUGUGCCCUCUUUGGUUUGACACCUGGUCUAACAAAUUUUAGCAAAAUGUUCAAAAAAUUCGAGGAGAAGGACAGUAUCUCGUCCAUACAGCAGCUCAAAUCGUCCGUACAGAAGGGCAUACGUGCCAAGCUGCUUGAGGCAUAUCCCAAGCUGGAGACACACAUUGAUCUGAUAUUGCCCAAGAAGGACUCGUAUCGCAUUGCCAAGUGCCAUGACCACAUCGAGCUGCUGCUAAACGGGGCCGGCGAGCAAGUAUUCUUUCGGCACCGCGAUGGCCCUUGGAUGCCGACGCUGCGCCUUCUCCACAAGUUUCCCUACUUUGUCACCAUGGAGCAGGUGGACAAGGGUGCCAUCCGCUUUGUUUUGAGUGGCGCGAAUGUCAUGUGCCCAGGGCUGACGUCGCCGGGUGCCUGCAUGACGCCGGCUGAGAAGAACACGGUGGUGGCCAUCAUGGCCGAGGGCAAAGAGCACGCGCUGGCCAUCGGUCUGCUCACACUCUCCACUGAAGAAAUUUUGGCCAAGAACAAAGGCAUCGGCAUUGAGACGUACCAUUUCCUCAACGACGGCCUUUGGAAGUCGAAACCAGUCAAGUAAGACCGAAAAUCAGGACAGGACCCGGACCGGACCCCUGCACACGCGCGCACACACGCCAUGCGGUCGUUGCUUUUAUUCUGAGAGCAAAGAAUGGUUUUUAUUUCGUUUGAUAUGCAAACUGAAUCCUGAUCAUAAUUAAUUUUUUUUUAUUUUCUUAAUUUUAAACUGUCAGUCAAACUAUUUAAGCCGAUGCGAAAUAUAAUUAAUGGCA